CUGUCCGAUUGGGGAAAGUAUUGAGGAGCGGUCGUGACUUCUGUGGGAUGUUGGCAAUGCUAGGCUAGUUUUUUCUAAAUCUUAACUUGCUAGUAAUACAUAGUCUACAUAGCUAUAGCUAGAUGAUAACACUAUAAUUACCCUGAGUUCAUCUCUCUCUGCUUCCCAGCGAUAUUUCUCGGUCUGGAAGCGUCCCCAUUCGAACUGGAUAAAGUGCAAGAUCCCGGGAAGCGAUAGGCCUGCGUCGCCGUCUUGUGGUUCUCGAGGCUGCGACGAUCCAGCCAUCGCUCCGGCUGCUGCUGCUGCGGCGGCGGCUGCUGUUGUCGCUUGCCCGAGUACUGAUUUCGGCCCGUUCGGGUUGCGCCCCACGCCGCUGCCUCCAGAGUUCUGGUUUGUUCCCCCUGCUACUCCACCGGAUCUUUCCGCCUCCAUUUUAGCGCUUGAGCUUUCGCCAGGACAGGGGGGUGAAAAACAAGCAGCGAUAAUAAUAACAACCCCGUCCCUCACAAACCCAGCACUAACACUCUACCCUUCUUUCUUCCUCUCUCACGUAAAGAGUAAAUGCAAGAACUCCCAUGGAGAAACGGUGCCAAAAAAUGAGCUAAGAGCAAAUCUACUACAGCGUCGACGGGAAUCGUUUUUUUCUCUUUCCCAUUACAGUAACCAGGGACGUCGCUUCCUGCCAUAUUGUGAUCUCACGCAAGCUGCCUGUGGUCGUUUCUGAAACAGCAAAGCAAGGGUAUAACGUUACAGACCGCGGUGUUGAUAAUAAUCUAAAACUCUCAGUAUAUUAACACUAUUUUAGUUAAUUUGUCAGUAUAACAUUAAUAUUUUACACUGUAACUAAGUGCUAUUGCACUGGUGGUGUCUCCAUGUUGUGCUUAGCUCAGCCACCUUUCCACACAGCGAGCGAAUUCGAUGUAACGUUACGUGCAUUAUGCUAUUCCAGCAGCUGGCCAUUACUCUUCCGAUGCACAUAGGCUGUAGCUCUUUACAGAUGGGGUCCUGAUGUUUAUGGACAGGCUUUCUGAAUAGAGAGCUCCAUCCUAUACCUUCUCCUUUCCCUGAGCCAGACGAGCACAGCAAGAGGUGCCAUGCGGGUGAGUUUCUGCCAGGGCCUUCUGACUGGAGCCAUCGCUCUGAACCUGCUCAUCCUCUACUACGUCUCCCAAGCCCAGCAGCAGAUGAUGGAGAAACGCCGGGACCCAGGAAGGGGCUCCAGGAAGGCUGCCUUACCUGCUUCCGGACUGGAGGGCGGCAUGGGGGGCCUGGUAGGGGUUGGCGCGGGGAUGGUUGGCGCUGGAGGUGUCGGGGGAGAGGGGAACAGCCACGGCCCUCGUGUGACUGUCCUCCUACGGGAGUUUGAGAAUUUUGAGAACUACGUCGGUGAUGUGGCACGCUCCUUCCAGCACCAGAGACCUGAGCUGCCCUUCCUGGCUGUGUCUGACACCCCGCCCUACCCCCCUCUGUCUCUCCCCGAGGGGGCCCGUCUCCUGGUGCUCUCCCCCAGCCCCGAGCAGCCCCCGCAGGCCCACCGACCAGAGUUCCACGUCCAGACAGAGUUUGUGCUGCUGGUGCCUGACGGGGUGGAGCUGGAGCAGGGCCGGGCUGUGGAGAGGCUGAUCCGGGAGCUGGAGGGGGAGGGUGGGGGGCCCGUGAGGCUGGUGGCUUCCCCAGUGUUGGCACGCUCGGCCGUUCAGUGCCUGCACCUGCGGGUCAGUCUGAGAGAGUGGACGGCCACCUAUUCCACAGCGGCGUCUGGGAGCAGUGGUAGCGUGUGUUCAGCCCUUCAGGGGGACGUGGUGGUCCUCAUCCGCUCUGAGGACCUCUUCAACCUGUCUGUCCCACUGGGGAGGCCACUGCUGCCCUCACUCUUCAUCCAGACCUCCCUGCAUGGCUGGAAGGUCAAGCUUCUGGAGAGCCCCGGCAUCUCCCCCAGCCACCGGCCUCUCUUCAGCUCAGCCCACAACCAGUGGAAGGCAGACAGCCAUCUGAAGGAGGCCACUAGCCGGCUGAUGAGGAACUUUGGGCUGAAGCGUCUCCUACUGGCUGAUGGGAAGGAGCAGUGGCACGGUUGUGGGAAGGAGACGGAGCGUUGCUUCGGUACGGUCCGGGAUGACACCCCUGAGUACCUGUACCUGGAGCGCUGGACACCUCCCUGCUGCCUGCGCGCACUACGCGAGACCACCAAGUAUGUGAUCAACAUUCUGGAGAGCUCCGGGGUGCGCUACUGGCUGGAAGGAGGCUCCCUGCUGGGGGCGGCCCGCCACCAGGACAUCAUCCCCUGGGACUAUGACGUGGACCUGGGCAUCUACCUGGAGGACGUGCCUAACUGUGACUACCUGAAGAACCUGGACUCUGGUUCUCUGGUGGACGCUAACGGCUAUGUGUGGGAGCGGGCAGUGGAGGGGGACUUCUAUAGGGUGCAAUACAGUGAGGCUAACCACCUCCACGUGGACCUGUGGCCCUUCUACCCGCGAAACGGCGUCAUGACCAAAGACACGUGGAUGGAGCACAAACAGGAUGUGGAGUUCCCCGAGCACUUCCUGCAGCCGCUGGUGCAAAUGCCAUUCGCCGGCGUCACCGCCUACGGCCCGAACAACCACCGCGCCUUCCUGGAGCUCAAGUUUGGGGAGGGGGUCAUCGAGAACCCCCAAUACCCCAACCCUGCCAAGAAGAGGCUGGAUAGGAGCCGGCUGUGAGGGAGGGGUGUGGCUGGGACCUUUGGAGUUUUCAUGUUGCCCACCAAAAGGACAAAACGAUUCUAGCCACAACCCAAAACAUAUACAGUUGAAGUCGGAAGUUUACAUACACCUUAGCCAAAUACAUUUAAACUCAGUUUUUCACAAUUCCUGAC